UUGCCGCCCCAAUCUGUCCUAAUUAAUCGAUUCAUAACGAGUUGACAGUUUCGAAUAGGGAGUCUGUGGAAUAGGGUAGCGAUGCAACACAAUACUACUUAUUUCUUGUUUUGAUUUUGUACUUACAUACAUAUUUUGAAUAUAUUUUAGAAUUUUAUAUAACAUCUAUCAUGAUGAUUAAGUGGUGUAAAUGUUUAUUGGUUAUAUUUAUUGUUUUAAGUAUUAUACCCUGCACUUUCAGUAUAAAAUGUUGGGAUUGCCGGUCCAAUAAUGACCCAAAAUGCGCUGAUCCUUUCGACAACAGCACUGUUCCAAUCACCGAUUGCAAGCAAGAAAAGGGUCUUGUACAUUUGCCUGGAGUAACACCUCAAAUGUGCCGGAAAAUUAGGCAGAAAGUAAAUGGUGUGUGGCGUUACUUCAGAGGGUGUGCAUAUCUUGGAGAAGUGGGCAUACAAGGUGAUGAGAGAUUUUGCCUUAUGCGAACUGGAACAUAUAACAUAUUUAUUGAAUAUUGCACAUGCAAUAGUAAAGAUGGAUGCAAUUCAUCAUCUUUAUUCAGCCCUAUGCCAUUAUUAUUAUCAAUAACUGCUGCAUUUGCUGUAACAUAUAAGAUUAUUAAUUUAUAGGAUAUAUAAUACAAAACAUUUAAACUAAUUUUUUUAUGUUAACAGAUAGUGAUCUGUUUGCAUUAAUCACUAAUGAUUUGAUUUACAGUAAUUUAAAAGGUCAUGUCAAAUUUUGAGACUAUAAUCAGAGGGUUAAAAAUCGGCUUUAUACUACUCAUAAUAUGAUUAAUUUUUUAAUAGGCCACUACAGAAUGUAUACCUCAGAGUGAGGUGCUUUCUAAAUUUGAUGGUUAAUAUUAGAAUUAGUGUAAUGAAGUUUUUUUUUUAACUAAUCAGGAUAUGAAAAUAGAUAUAUUAACACUAAAUAAGGAAGAUGAUAAACAAAGAUGCAUUUAAAUGUUUUGUUGGGCACUUAUUUUUCUAUAUUGACUGUGAAUCUUAUUACCAUUGGCAUGUUUAGGAUUAUAUUAAUCUGGCCCCUUAAAAGAGAUCAAAUAUGCCUAUGGUUAUUACAGAUUAUUUGGUGGCCUUUUUGAAGUUAUCUUAUAAAUAGAAUACUAUUAAACAAAUCUUUGAGUUUUUUAGAGUUACUGUACCUAAAUGUGAAUCUCAGACACAUUAUUUUUCAUUGUAAGAAUAAUGACUAGAUAAGUAAUGUAAUCUACAUUUAAUAUACAAAUCUUAUAUACAGUUGAGAAGGCAUUUUGAAAAUAACUGAUUCAAUCUGAGUGUAUUAGUGUGAAGAUUAUGGAUUAAACUGAAUGAUUGAAUGUAGCUUUAUAUUGAAAAAAUGAUUUUGAACCUCUUAAUGUGCCUUGAAUAUAAUAACAUAUAUUUUAAUAUUUGGUAUCUUAAACAUUGGGACAAACAUUUUUAUCAUGUUUCAUGUUACUUUUUACUAUGAAUAAAAACCUGAGGAUAAACUAUUUCCUAUGUAGAUUUAUCAAUUCUUUAGCAAAAUUGUGCACAAAAAUACAAAUCUUCAGUAAAAUUGUGCAAUCUUUAUAAGUUUGUUUUAAAGCUAAUUAUAUGGUAUUAAAUGCCUGUUUCAAAUUAUAGAGUAUUUAAAUGUACAUCUUACAGGUGUAAGGUGUAGACUUUGGGGUAAUGGAAGUGCAUUACGCAAUAUGCAGAAACAGUAUAAAAAUACUGGAAACUGUUUUCAAAAUUAUUUCUAGAAAUAGUUAUGUGUUUUAUAAUACUAAGUGCCUUAUAAUUCUUAUAUUUGUUAAAUUGGAAUUAAUGAUACUUUAUGUAACAUAAUUUGCUGCUAGCUGUACAGUGUUUGGCUUAAGUUUAUCAAUAUGGCUUUAGAUAUGCUUGCAGAUUAUAUUUUACUAUGCUGCUAAAUUUUCUGUCCUUUAAAAUAUACCUUAAUGUAUUCUGUACCGUGUUCCACUGCAGGGCAAAUAUUUCCUUAUGUUUGUUUUAUUUGCUUGAACCAAUUCUUAAUGUGUCCAACCCUCUUAUACAGGUAGCAAAUAAAUACAUUGGUACAAGCAUUUUUUUUUACGUUCACAAUAAAAAAUGCAAUAUUCAAUGACCAGAUAUCGAGUCAAAUUUAUAAUAUUUGUAUAGUUUUGAUUUUUUAUUACAUUGGAGUGUCUACACCAUUGUUCUCUCGAGUAUUGUAACAUUGUAAUAAUAUAUUCGGUUUUUAGCACAUAGCUACUUAUAAGACUGAAUUGAUACCCGUCCACUUGAAAUAAACUGUAUAAUUUUCUUAUUAAGUAUAAUGAUAUGUAGAAUAUAUCCAUAGCUACUAAAAAUAAAGUUUUUUUUGGUAACAA